AUACGGUGUGCCCAUCAGUGUGCCCCCUUACAUUAGGUGUCGCCAUCAGAGUGCAACUUUACAUCAUGUAUUCCCAUCACAUCAGGUGUGCCCAUCAGAGUGCUCCGUUACAUCAGUUGUCCCCAUCAGAGUGCCCCUUUACAUCAGGUAUCCCCAUCACAGUGCCACCUUACAUCAGGUAUUCCCAUCAGAUAUCCCUUUCCAUCAUAUUCCCCAUCAGAGUGCCCCUUUCCAUCACAUGUGCCAGUCAGACUGCCCCUUUCCAUCACAUGUGCCCAUCAGAGUGCCCCUUCCCACAGUAUGUGCCCAUUUGUGCCCCCUUAACAUAACAUGUGCCCAUCAGAGUGCUCCUUAACAUAAAAUGUGCCCGUCAGAGUGCCCCUUAACAUAA